AAUAAUUAUUUUUAAAACCCAAGUAUAAUAUAAAACAUAUAACAUAUACAACAUAUAAAAACUACUAUAAUCAAUAAAUAGUUUAAAUAAAUUAGAUAUUAGGCAAAUAUUUCUUUUACAUUACGUUUCCCUUACCAUUCGAACAGAACACAUUUUUAUUCAUAUCUUUCAAUUCCUUCUUGUUACUUUCAUGAUAUUCAUGAAUGAAAUAACGAUAUAAAAAAUUCAUAACUGAAUGAAUGAAAUAAUUACAAAUAAGAUAGAAGUUCUCUUGUAGAACAAUCAAAAGAUACUAUUCAUCGUAACAAACUUUCAUUCUCCCAACACUGAAUAAAAUAGGAUAAAAUAAAGAAAAGAAUGAAGGAAUAUAAAGAAUGACGAUAAAGAUUAAUAAUAUAAACAAGAAAACUAUAAUUUUCCCGAAAUCAAUAUCUAUUAUGGAAAAUCUCCUUGCAAAAGGUAUACAUAAAAUCGAUCAAGUAUAAUUUACUAUUAUUGCUAUAGAUUAUAUUGUUACUACUGUAAAAAAAUAAUACUAUGAAGAAACAAGAGGGAAGAAUAUUUGUAUAAAUAAUAUAUUAAGCCGAGGUGUAGUCGAAUGAUUCUUCGAGUUCUACAUGACAGUCGAUAUCUGACUAUAAAGAUGGACGUAUUCGACAAAUACUAUCAUACCUAUCGUAUUAUAUUGAAAAUUAUAGGAUUAUGGCCAUACAAUAAUUCAAUCUAUGUAUGGAUUCAGAGAUUAUUGUUAUUGACAUUCUAUCUUGGGAAUGUAAUAUUUCAGAUAAUGUCACUUCUAAGAUCUGAAAUUACGGUACAAAAUUGUAUUUUAAUAUUAUCUACGACUUGUCCAUUGAUAAUAAUUUUAUUACGAUAUAUAAGUUUUAUAAUAUUUUUUCCUACGAUAAAACUUCUAUUUCAUCAUAUGCGUAUGGAAGAAAAUAUAAUACAAGAUUCAAAAGAAACAGAAAUACGAACGAAAUACAUCGGUGAAUCACGUCACAUGAUCGAAAUAUUUUUACGAAUACCUUAUGCAACUAUUGCAUUUUAUAGUAUGUUGGUAUUGUAUUUUAUAAUAUCAGAUUUCAUAAUGCCUUUGAACGAAACUUAUAUACGUAUCCUUCAUUACGUUACAUUAUUUUCUGUCAAUCGAAUUAUAUAUUUUUAUAUUUUAUGCUUGAAUUUUUUAGUUGUUAUCAUAUUUGGAUUAUUAUCUAUAAUAUGUACAGAAUCGAUAACUGGACUUUAUAGUUGUCAUACAGGUGUGUUGUUUAAAUUUAUUAGCCAUCGAAUACAAAAGAUUACAAAGUAUUUAACUAUAUUUAAUCUCUCAUCGAAGCAAAUUGACUCGAAACUCGCAGAGCUUUAUCAUGUGGUGGAUAUGCAUAACCAAGCUAUCCAGCUUCUCAAUAUCGUAAUAAAUAAUUCAGGAAAACAAUAUAUGAUAUCCAGUCUUUUACUCGUGAUUUCGAUGGCUAUAAAUCUGCAUCGACUAAUAAAUGCGUUUACAAUUAAGAAGGAUCAAUUAGAAAUUUUAAUUUCUCUUAUAAUUUUUACCAAUCAAUUAGUGUUUACAUUUUUAUGCAACCAUAGUGCUCAGAUACUUAUAAAUAACAGUGAAGAAUUUUUUCAUGAAUUAUAUAUAUCUGUAUGGUAUUCCGUACCAUUAAAAGUACAAAAGAUUUUAUUACUUAUUAUGAUACGAAGCUCAACGGCAUGUAUAUUUCACAUCUGUGGUGUGUUCGUUCCAUGUCACGCAGGAUUUACAACGGUAAUUUGUUUGAGUACGAAUGUCAUCAUCAUUUUAAUUCAAAACUAAUAAAAAUUGUUUCAUUUCAGAUGUUGAAUACCUCGUUUUCAUAUUUUAGUUUGAUGUACUCGAUAUAAUAGAAUCGAUAGUAUCAUCAGUAUUAAAUAUAUUAGUAUCGAAAUAAAUUAUUAUUAUUACUCUAUACUUUACUCUUGUUCUUUAUUUUGUCGAUUCUUCUUGUAAAUAUUUUCUCAAUUAUAUAAAUAUUCUAUAUAAAGUUUUUUGAAUUGCUAAUAUUUUUAUAUUAUAUUUG